AUGUUCACCCACAGUUCAAACCGCCUCACAGCACACAAGACAAGCUUGUUGUUGGUCUUGCUGUUGUUGUUGAGCGCAUGUCUCAUCAUUUGUUCUCUCUCCUCGGUCCAAGCUCGUGGUCGUGGUCGUUCCACACCUACAACUUCCAAACAACGAGCUCGAGCCUAUUGGAAGAAGAAUCUCUCUCUCCGUGAUGCUCGUAAAAUACAUCGUAUCCGAGCUCAAAUGAAACGCACAAGAAGAACUUUGAAAGGUUUGAAAUUGGAAUUGUCAUCUUCAAAAUGUUCUCAAAAAAGACGUCGCUUGAUUAAGAGAUUGAUCAAGAGAAGAAGACAACGAUUGCAACAAUUGAGAAGAGGAUUGAGAAGAAGUUUACGGCGAGUUGUGAGAAAGGCUGCCAAUAAAAGAAGAGCAUCGAGAUCCAGAAGAAGAAGAUCAGCUGCUGUCAAAUGUACCAAACGAAAUCGUAAACUUAGAAAAUGUAAAAGAAUUGCGAAAAGAAGAUUGGCAAGACUUCGAAGACAAUUGAGAAGAAGAAUUGCUGCUGCUGCUAGAAGAAGAAGAGCUUCUAGAAGACAAGGUCGUUCUAGAAAGUGCACCAAACGAAAUCGUAGACUUAGAAAAUGUCAACAACGAAGAAGACAACAUAGACAAUCCAGAGGAAAGAAAUUGUUGAGAAGAAUCAUGAGAAGAGUUCGAGCAAGAGCUUUGAGAGCUGCUGCUAGACAACGAAGAGCCUUGUUGAGAAAAUUGAAAAGACAACAACGACGUGCUGCUGCAAGACGUGCUGCAAGACGUGCCGCAAGAAGAGCUGCAAGAAGAAGAGCUGCUAGAAGAGCUGCAAGAAGAGCUGCUUCUAGAAGACAACGUCGUUCAAGAAAAUGCACCAAACGAAAUCGUAGAUGUCAAAGAAAAAGAUCAUCAAGACGUUUCCUUGUUCUUGCAUUUAACAAACGUGAAUUCUUGAGAAAAUUAUUGAGAAGAAGAUCUCAUCGUUAUUAUGGAUUGAGAGGAUUCAAGAGAUAUGCUCGAUUGGUGACCUUGUUGAAAUGGAUCAGAGCAAAGAGAGCUUCUCGUCGUUCUCGUUAUUUUAGAGUGAAGGAGAGAAGAAUUUUAAGAGGUUUGAGAUUAUUGAGAAGUCGUUUUGCCAAACUUCGUCUCUCUCCAAGAAGAAGAAGAAGAUCUUCUUCAACCAAAGUGACAAGAAUUGUGAUUCAUGGAGUUCAAAAUAAGAAACAAGUCAAGUUGGUCAUUCCAAAGCGUUUGAAGAAUAAGAUUAAGAGGGUGAUUGUCUAUCGUGUUUAA